CCUACCACACACCAACCCAAUCCAUGAACAGCCUACUUGUCGUUUGGAAAUUCAUAAAACUCGGGAAGUACUUACUUGACCAUCUUCUCUUCAGACACCUAUUCCAUUUCUUGUUCCCACCCCAACCACGCGUCACUUUUCAACCAUCUUCUCUCCACCGUUUAGUACUCAACCAUAUAUUAGCCAUGGUUAAAAUCCACCCCCACCACUCCACCAACUCCCCAAUCCCCCCACCGCCGCCGCCGCCGCAGCACCGACAACCAAUCCUAACACUGAAACAGCUCUGCUGCUUCAUCUUCCAGCUCUCCUUCUGCCUCUGCGUCCUCCUCUGCUUCGUCCUCAUUGUCCUCGUCGUCGUGUUCGCCGCCAUGUUCGGCAUCCGCAGCGAGGUCGACGUCCGCGUCACCGACGCCUCGCUCGCGAAAUUCGACGCCGCCGACGAAAACGACACCACCUCUCUUCUUCUCCUCUCCUACGACCUCUCGUUCAACCUCACCCUCCGGAAUCCCAACCGGAGGAUCGGCGUCUACUACGACAACAUCACCGCCUUCGCCUUCUACGGCGACGAGCUCUUGGACACGACGAACUUGGCGCCGUUUUACCAGGGCCACAAAACGACAAACACCUUGAGCGCGGUUUUCGAAGGGACCAAAACGGUGUCGGUUAAUGAUGGUUUUGAGGUUUUUUCUCUGUUUUCUGAGGAGGAGAGAAGUGGGAUUUUCAGUAUUGUGGCGGCGAUUGCCGUUACGGUGAGGACCAAGUAUGGGAAGAUCAAGUACAGGCAUAGCCCGACCGAUAUUGACUGUUAUUUGAGGGUUCCUUUGAGAGGAAAAUCCAGUUAUGCUUUUCAGACUACCCAGUGUGGGGUUGUGCAUAUAAUUUCGUAUCCAAAUAACUAG